AUGGCAUAGCCAAGCCGGCUAAAGGGAAAAAAUGCUGACCUAGAGUGUUGCUGCAUAAAUUUCCUUCAAAUCGGGGCUCUAUCGAAUUGGACUGUUGAAACAUAUUUACACGGAAACCGUCCUGGAAUGACAAGACUCACUGGUUGAGGAUGGAAAAUCAACCACAACCGAUGGAAGGGGAGACCAAUGCUGGUGGCUAUGGUGAUGGUGCCCAGCUCAUGGAUGCAGUUGUCCUACAAACUCAAGAGAUGCCCAAGACGCUGAUGCAGGGCGACACUGGGACUGAAACACAACAGUUCAUGAUUGUAGACCAAAAUGGAGCUGAAGCCCAGCAAAUAAUUCUAGAGACCACACAGCCCAGUGCUAUAGGAGCAGCUGCACAAGCAGCGUUUGGCACAGCCACAAGCGUAGCCUUGGCAUCUGGAGAUGGGAGUGUUAGUAUCAUUCAGGGUGGAUCUUCCCUUGAUAACCAAGCUGCUGCUGAAGCUAUCCUUCAAUUAGAUCAACAGCAGCAAGGUGAGGUUGUUCAGAUGGUUAUACCUGAGGGAGCUCAAAUUGUUGAGAAUCAAGGUCAGGUUCAGAUUGUUACCACAGAAGCUGGAACCGGAAGACAGUAUAUUCAUGAUCCACAUACCGACACAAUCACCAUUAUCCAGAACCCCUCAUCUAGUCAACAGGACUUGUUUACAGGCUCUCAAGUAGUAACAGAGCAAACUGUUAUCCAAACGGGAGCUCAAACAGAGGAAUUAGAAGAGGAAGAUGGCGAAACUAGAAUUAUUAGUUUAGAAGAAGAAGCAGUCGAAGAUGAGGCUGAGGUGGAAACACCAUUCACAGCUGAAAGUCAGGAGGAGGUUUCCAAACGCCAACCAGUUAUAGAAGAAACAAUAGUGAAAGAAACAUAUGUUCCUCUUCAGGAAGGAGAUGGCGCUUUAGUUGAAACAAAGGAUGACCAGUCUGUUGAAGGAAAGAGCUCUGGUCAAGAGACACUAGAGAAAACGGUGCAGUCACAGACCAAAGCAUCUAUACAAGAAAUUGAUCAAAAUGCAGAAACGCAGAAAAUUGAUACUGAAGAUGGUAUUGCUGAUGAAAAUCAAGCAGUUGAUGAUGAAGCUGAAACUGAAGCCAAAGAAACAGAAGUUGCAGAACCAGAAGCUGUUCCUGAGAAGACAGUUGAAGAAACAACACCCAGAAGAAGAGGCCGUCCUGCGAAAAAGGUCGAGGAGCCUAAGGCAAAUGAUGUUCCUGAAGAGACUACUAGUCCAGAGAAAAGACGCAGAGGAAGACAAAAAUCUGAAGACACACCUGUUGAACCUGAACCAGAGAAAAAAGGAAGAGGUCGACCAAAGAGAGAAGUAAAAGAAAGUGAACCAGAGCCAGAAACUCCACCAGCUGAAGAGGUAGCCACUCCAAAGAGAAGAGGAAGACCACGAAAAGAUACAACCGAAACCCAAGAAAUUGAAAUCCCACAAGAAAAGUCCCAAGAACCUGCACAGACAGAGGAAACUUCAACUCCAAGAAGAGGAAGAGGCAGACCCCGUAGAGAUACAACAGAGACUCAAGCAGUUGAAACACCAAGUAAGGAUACUCCGACUGAAGGUAAAGGAAAGAGGGGUAGACAAAAAAAGGAAACUGCUCCAGAACCUGAAGAGGAAGAGGAAACCCCCAAACGAGGCAGAAAAAAGCAAGGGGAAGAUGAAAGUAAAUCUGUUCAAUUAUUAACAAAGAUCAUUCCUCAUGAUGUAGAGGAUGUACCUGCCAAAAGAAGCAGAGGAAGGCCCCGAAGGGAAGAGCUGGUUCAAGUGAUUGUUACAGACACUGGUGUGGAAACUGAUGAGGAAACCCAACCACAGGUGGAGGAAGGAAGAAGUCAAAGAAGAUCAGGACGGGCAUCUAAAGAGCAAGUUGCUGAGCAAUCUGCUCAUGUCACCCGAAAAAUGCUUCAAGAAGAUGAACAACAGGAUACUCCUUUGAAGAGAGGCAGAGGAAGACCCAAAUCAACUGAUUCUGCGCCAUCAAGUGCCCAGAAAAAGGCUCCAACACCAUCUGCAGAAGUGGAGGAACCAGAUGAAACACCAAGAAGGGGUGGAAGAAAGAGAACCAGAGAUGCUGAUGAACCAGAGGCUACUGAGGUUGCAACUCCAACAACUCCUGCAAGAAAGAAAGCAAAGGGUCAGGAGAGUGUUAAGCAAGAACCUUUGGAAAUGGAAGUAGAAGAAGAAAUAGAAGAAGAACUAGAAGAAGAAGAAGAGGAGGAGGAGGGGAUAUUGGAAGAGGAAGAAGAAGAAGGUAUUGUGGUAGUUCCUGAGAUACAUGAAACAAGCCAGUCUGUAGGAACAGGGAUGCAAGAUACAGAAACAGUUCAUGUUCAAACUCCAAGACAGCAUUCUGUGGAAACAGGCACUACUCCAAUUACACCAGAGAGAGGCAGGAGAGACUUUGAUGACCUUGCAGGAGCAUCCAAUGACAUAUAUGACAUUGAUCAGAUUGACGAAGAUGAAUAUGACGAAGAUCAUCUUAAGUCCUCAACUCAGGCAACACAGACUCCCAUAACUGCUCACUUUGUUGAGGUUGAGACAAUUUAUGAAUCUCCGGGAAGAAGGUCUGUACAAACACAAACUGAUCCACGAUUAAAGAAGAAAAAGUUUGGCCCUCUUAAUAUAGAUGCAGAAACAGAUCCUUUGAUGGAUGAAGAUGAAGAAAGUCCCAGGAGGAGACGGAGGAGGGAAGAUGACAUUAGUUUGUUUGAAGAUACUGAGCCAAGGAGAAAAUCCAUCAAGAGAAAUACGGAGGAAGCUUUGAAAUGUCCAUUCUGCGACCGAGCAUUUAUUGGCCUGGUGAAGCACAUCAAGAGUAAGCAUAAAGAUGAGCCUGACUUCGAUGAAGAAAUGAGAAAUGCUAAAUGGAGAGAAAGGAUCAUGAAGGUGUCCACUCAAGGUGUUGAUGACUCUGGUGAAACCUGUGGAGAAUGUGGGAAAGUCACCAAGAACAUGAAACGGCACAUGGAAUUGCACCAGCAGAACCGAAUGCAGAUUCCUUGUCCUAUCUGUGGAAAGGUUGUCCUUAAGACAGGAAUGAGCUCUCACAUGCGCACAGUUCAUUCUGGGAGAAAGCCUUACAAGUGUCCCCACUGUGACUAUACCUCAGCAUUCCGAGGCAACCUGAACACUCACAUCAAGGGCAUGCAUCUCCAUACCAGACAGUAUCUCUGCAAUACAUGCAAAGCUGCGUUCAAGACGCUAGGAGCUUUGAUUGGUCACACAAAACGUGUCCAUGAAGGCUGGAAAUCCCCAAAUCAGAAGAUUUUCAUUUGCUCAGUUUGCGAGAAAAGAUUCACGAAAAAAUACCAUGUGGAUCGUCACAUGCUUAUCCACACUGGAGAGAAGCCUCACAAAUGCAAUGACUGUGGACGAUGUUUCAACAACAAAUCCAACCUUAUGUCUCACAUUCAGCUGGUUCACAAGAAGCUCUCCCCAUACAUGUGUGACAUGUGUCACGAGACCUUCAAACGUAAAAAGCUCCUUCUGGAACACAUCGGAAAAGUACAUGUUGCUCACGGAGAAGCUGCCAAGGCCAUGCAGGCUUACAUCAAGAAGAUCGAGGAGGAGGUGCCGGAUGAUCCAGAAGAGGCAUCAGCCAUGGAGCAGACUAUUACCCUCACCCAAGAAGGGGAAGAUGGCGAGGAUGGAACUACGACAGUUUACACUGCAGUGGGUGAUGGCACUUAUGCCACUGUGGUCAAUGAUGCCACCCAGAUGCUUCAGGGCCAGGCGUUCACUACCCUCCAGACUGAGGGAGGUCAGGAAACCAUCAUCAUCGUCCAGGCUGCCGAUCCAAAUGAAGUUACCCAUGCUAUUGUCGAGCAAGAUGGUCCUGUACAAUUUGCCAUGCAGCCAACAGCCGAUGAUCCAAAUGCUGCUACAACUAUAUACACAACAAUGCAAAACUAGGAGUAUGGUGAUCAAAGAAGAUACUACCGUUGGCUGAAUGUUGCUGGAGAAAUGAAUUUAUCGCUAUGGCGAUGAAAUGAAAUUGAUUGUGUUCUUGGAUGUCUACAUCUGUGACUGACCCAAGCCAUCAGCUUGUGUAAAUGUGAUGAGGAACAACUAACUUGUCGGGAGAACCAGGGGACAUCCUAAUAAACACACGUGAUCUGAUCUAGGCCAUUGAGAGGACACAACAGUGUGCCACUUAUGGGGUGAAGGAACAGGAGUGUCCUGUUGUAUAUUCUCAUUUCUAACGUGAACGUUAGACUUGUACGACUGUACAAGCAGUAAAAAGCUAAACUAUGAUUCAGUGUACUGAUUUUACCGAAAGUGGUAGUUUCAAGCCUCUUUAUGACCAUGGUAGAUCAAAAGAGAGUGUCUAGUCCAGUCAUUUAAAACCACCAUAACAUGUGUAUUUUGGAUUUUCUUGUGUGGAAAACAAUUGUUCACUGAUGGAAUAGAAUGAAGGAACACAUUGAAAAAAAAAGUAAUGUGCUUCUGUAUAAAUGUUCCAUUUGAAAUUAAGUGCCCAGUUUGUAAAGACAUUGCCCAAAGUGGAUAUCUUCAGUAUGUAUAUAUGUGUGUGCACGCACAUGCACACACACAAAACAGUAAUAUCAUUACAAGCAAAUGCUCACCUCUGAAACUGUUCCUUUAUUUAAUUCCAUUGGCAGACAGAACACUACAUGAACACAAACCGAUUAAAUGCCCAUGUAAAAAAAGCUGAAAUAAAUACCUGAGUAUGGAAGAUGUAGCCAGUAGACAUGGUAGCACCAGUAGUUAAAAGUGGGCAGUGAGUUGCUGUUGUCUUGAGAUGUCAGUCACAUAUAAUUUGUAAAGAAGUUUGACGUGUUGUCUUCAGUUUAUUAUGCUUUUGAACACUAACGAGACAUUAUCUCAAAACUUGCAUUUGCUCGAUCUUAUUUGUAUUAAUAUUCCCUUUCAAAAACUUGUUUAUUGUGUUAUUCAAACUAGUUACUGUGAAUAACUGAACAUGCACAGCUUCACUUGUAUCAUAGCAUCCAUCACAGACAAUUGACCUGUUAUUUUCCUGAUAAUUGGCUUUGAAUGUAAAUAGAAUUGUUAUUGUUACAAAAUGUAAUUAUCUGUUUUAGGAACACCUGUUUUACUUGUUUUGGGUAAAUGUAUGUGUACAAGUCUUAUUCAGACACAAAUACUUUUGAGAUUAUGUUGAAAUUGAAUAUUCAUGCUCUUUUAUGGUGUUAAUUUGUUUCAUUCAAUUUAAUCAAGUAAAUUGAAUUAUUGUAGCAGUCAGCCUUCGAUAUCAAAGUUUAAAAAAAGUAAAAUUUCAAAAACCUUAGAAGUCCAUUUGAAAAGAUUUAGUGGGAGAAGGUAAUUUCCAACAUUGCUUCAGUGUUUUAUUUACACUGAUGACAGCCAGGAAUAUUGUGUUCUUAAAGGGGGAAACGGUGAAGUGGUACAAAAUAAUGAAUGCAAUAAUUCACUCAAGCUUUACAGCAACACAUAUUUUUGUGUCAAAUUGUAACAAUCACAGGAUUACUUUUUUUGUUCUUUCUUUUUUUUCUUUUUUUUUGGAUGACACAAUCUUUAAUGGUGUAUUUUAGCUGAAUGUUAGACAUAUUGGUAAUGACCUAAAUUGUGUGGGUUUUUACAUUACUAAUAAACACUAUUAUGAUUAAGCCUAUACCAUUGUACACACAGCUGGGUUUCAUUUUCCCAAAUAGAUAUCAAAUGACUUCCUGGAGACCUACCAGAUUUUUCAGAGAGGUAGAAACACAAAUGAUUUACAUGUUGGAGCCUUGGAUGCAACUGGAAGUAUAAGACACCAAGAGGGCUUCAUUAUGAAAGAUAUUGUGAUCCCAAUAUGUUUUAUGUAAAUAGCACAAGAGCCUUUUUCAUAAAGUUACUUUUUCAGUGGGAAGAAAAAUAUCCUCCCUUUCUGUGUAUGGUACAGUAACAACAAUAAAUGAAAUGUAUGGUCAAAUAUGACGUUAAAUUUUGAGGCACUUUAAAAACACCUUAGUAUUAAAAAAUUCAGCUGAUGUCAGGAGACAUGCUAAAAAUGAAAUGUGUUUCUAAGAUAUUUGUAUGUCAAGUCAUCUUUGUUGAUGUGUUCGAUUUAAACUUUGGGAGGGGGGAGGGUACCCGGGGGUACAGUCAUCUUUGGUGCUGCAAUUUGAUGUGCAGAGUUGUGUCCCUUUGGCACACCAGAAACCAGUGAACAUGAGUUCGAAUCCUGGUUUGUCCCGACUGGGUUUCUAGGUUUGUCAGCACCAUACCCAUGCUCAGGUUUUCGCAAAAGUUGUAAACAUAUGAGACCUGCAUUUCUUCUGGCUUUCCUCCAACAUCAAGCUGACAGCCCGUGAUAUAACUUGAAUACUAUUUAAGAGGUGUUGAAACACUCUCUCACUCAAUCUUAUCAUUCCUGAUUAAUAAGCUAUUGCAUGUCCUACAUAUUUGUGUAAUUUUCAUGGAGUAUUUCUUUUAAGGCUUUUGAUUUCAGAUGAAAGAUUCUGUCAAGCAUGAGUACUUACUAUCAUUGUGUAUCCCAUUUUAAAAUCAUUUGUAAUACAAUAUUUCAUCUGAUGUGGUUGAAGCGAAUGUGUGAAGAAUGUUUUAUGUAUGCACUAGAGUGACUGAAUGGAGUCCAACACCUUCACAGGCAAUGGAACAACAGAUGAAGUAUCAUUUUGGCUAUCCAUGGGAUGUGCAGUGAAAGUUGUCAGUUAGGUAUCUGCAUGGGAAUAACCAACUUGAACUUUAGUGAUGUUGCUGAUUUCCAAAUAAUGAACAAUGUAAGACAUUCUUCAUGAAGGUCUCAAUUGAAUUUAUGUCAAAUAAUUUUGCUAUAGUUGCCAGCCCUGUACAAAAUCUGCAAGUCCACCAGUAAUAAAGCUUCAAGUGAAAUAUC